CUUUCUCCUCCUCCUCUUCCUCCUCCCCAUCUCCACCUUGCCCUUCUCCUCCUCCCCCUUCUCCUCCUCCUCCUUCUCCUUCUCAUUCCUCGGCCCCUCGCCGCCACCAACUUUUUUUUUGUUUGAACUUGUCCUUAUACCCCUCUGGCAUCUCUCGGUCUUCAACUUCCCCUCCUCAUCCACAUAGACUCGUUAACUCCGCGACUCCACACUCCUCUCCACACCAUGAGCGUCUCCAGUCAAUUGGAUCCCGAGGAAUACUAUGUCAAGCUCGAGCGAAUUGGCAAGGGAUCGUUUGGCGAAGUCUUCAAAGGGUAUGAUCGAAGGACAAAGAAGCCAGUUGCGAUCAAAAUUAUCGAUCUCGAGAAUGCAGAGGAUGAAAUCGACGAUAUUCAGCAGGAGAUCAACAUCCUGUCGCAAUUGGAUUCUCCCUAUGUAACGAGAUACUUUGCAUCGUUCUUGAAGGGGGCGCACCUCUGGAUCAUCAUGGAGUAUUGUUCCGGCGGCUCCUGCUCAGACUUAAUGAAAGCUGCAACAUUCAAGGAAGACUAUAUUGCCAUUAUUGCGCGGGAGCUACUGAAAGGCUUGGAGUAUCUUCAUGACGAGGGCAAGCUCCAUCGAGACAUUAAAGCCGCGAAUGUUUUGUUGACAACAGAUGGAGACGUCAAGCUGGCGGAUUUUGGUGUAUCAGGACAGCUUACAGCAACCAUGACAAAGAAGAACACAUUUGUUGGCACGCCAUUCUGGAUGGCACCAGAGGUGAUCAAGCAAUCAGGAUACGAUAACAAGGCGGAUAUAUGGUCAUUAGGCAUCACAGCCAUCGAGCUUGCCAAAGGUGAACCGCCAUACUCGGACAUGCAUCCGAUGAAGGUUCUCUUUUUAAUUCCCAAGAAUACACCACCAGUGCUAGAGGGCAACUACUCCAGAGCGUUUAAGGAAUUUGUUGCUGCAUGUCUCCAAAGAGAUCCUGCAAUGCGUCCUUCAGCAAAGGAUCUACAGAAGCACAGAUUUAUUCGGAUGGCGAAGAAAUCAUCCUACUUGACAGAAUUAAUUGAGAUUCAUGAGAGAUGGCUAACAGAAGGGGGCGGGCGUGAGAGCGAAUCCUCAGACGAUGAGGCGAUAAACAAUCAUUAUGAAGAUGCCGAGGAUGGUGGAUGGGAUUUUGGAACAGUGCGUGAACCCGGUAACCCUGGACGCCCCCCUAACAUGUUCUCGCGUGAGGAAAACGUGAGACAGGGUGACUCAGGAUACGACACUGUCAGGUCUCAGUAUUACAGGAACAUGGAGCAUAUUGAGAAUCUAUCUAUUCAAGACCAUCGUCGAAAUGAACGGUCCGAACGUCCUGUAUCCACAGACAUGACGCGCGACAGGGUCUACCAAACCUUUGUCCGCCCCGUUUUGAUGAAUUUGCAUGGAUUAUGUCUUCGAGAGAGCGAACGUGAUGCGGUGGACGGUUUGAGGUUGGCGUUUGAGAAUGCAGAGCGCGAGAUACCCGGAAUUACAAGGUUGUUCGUCAAAGGAGUAAGCGGGCAGCUGGAAGGAUAAAAGACAGAAAAUCCACAGAGGAUCGAAAAACAAAUAAAAGAAGGA